CAUUCGGGAGAUUACAUCGACGCAAUGUCGUGCAAUUUGUAUUCUUUGAACGAAGAAUUGGAAUCUAUCGGAAAACACACGAUGGAUCAGUGCGAUCAUAUCGCUGAAUGCAUUGAAUAUGUCAAUUCCAGGAAUGACAAUGUUUUGUCAAAGAAAAUGCUGUUGUUGUUGGGAGAUUCCCUGUCAAUUAAAACUCAUAUUUUAAAAGCUAAUGAUAUCUUGUACAUCUGCGGGAUGGAAUUGAAAAAAACCAGAAAUCAGAUGCUGUGCGAGUCGUCAACAACUGCAGUAAAGAGUUCAGAGGAGUACCAGCAGUUCCAAAAAGAUUAUAAUCUCAUCACCAAUAGUAUAACAAGUAUUAAAACUCUUUUAGAAGAGCAAAGCAAAUUAAUUGGUAUUUGUUUGGAAAAAGAUGAAGAAAGACUGAAGGCCAAAACUGUUGUAGAAAAUUCAGUGUGUGUUUAGUAAUCAUAAGAUUUCAGAGUGAAAACAAAAAAAAAGAUAUGUCCUACUGGUGUUAAGGAAAAAGUGCAGAACUACUUUGCAGAAAAUACAAUUAUUAAAAAAGUAAUUUAUUUGUUUUCGUAAUGAAAUAUAGUUAUGCGCCACCUAUUUUUAAGUGUUGUUAUUGUUCUAUAAAUAUAAUGAAAUUAAACGUAAAUUGAAAU